GCUUAAUAGGCUUCUCUGGUCUGCCGCACUCGGCAUGUCUGGAGCACGAAUGUAGCCCUCAAAUUCAGGAUCUUUUUUUUUUGUGGACUAUGGACAUAAUUUGUUACCUGCUUGUUAUAGUUUUAAUAAACAUUCAGGCUUGUGAAACUUUUUCUCAGUGUUUACGCGGGUGCAGCUGUGUAGAAGACCGACAUGGAAGGUCAUUAAUAUGUAUGGAGGAGAGCGCAUUUGGGGCUAUACCACAAGACCUUCCACAUGAGUUGACAAAAAUACGAAUUGAAAAGUCUCAGUUUACUGAAAUACCCAGAGGAGCUUUCUCAAAAACGUUGACGUUGGAGAACUUGUGGUUGAACUUUAAUGAAAUCACACUGAUAAACUCAAAGGGUCUGGAGGGUUUGAGGAACUUAACCGAGCUCCGUUUGCAAGGCAAUAAGCUACGUUCAGUACCAUGGACAGCAUUCGAGGACACGCCGGUUCUCAAGAUCCUGGAUCUGAAGCACAACCAGCUGGACGUCCUACCGGAGCAUGCGUUAAGGUUUUUGCCAGGUCUGACUUACUUAGACUUAUCCUUCAAUCGUCUUAUGGUGAUAUCGAAGGAGGUCUUCCAAAACUGGCCUCUCUACCAAAAAUUACAGAACAUGGAGGAGCGGGAGGCGACAACAUCUGGGCCAAACGUCGUCCUGGCACUCCACGACAAUGCCUGGCUCUGCGAUUGUCGCCUAAAGGGCUUCGUGGAGUUCAUCAGGUCUCUGAGCCCUCCGAUUAUAUUGAUGAACUCCUACUUGACCUGCUCAGGGCCGGACUUUAGGGCGGGCAAGUUCUUCCAUGAGAUAGAGCUACAGGCAUGCAUGAAGCCUGAAGUCAGCACCCCAUCAGCCAACAUCAGCCUGCCACAGGGCGCCAACGUCACCCUGCGAUGUAUCGCCAAAGCAAGGCCUGACCCUUCAGUGUGGUGGACAUAUGGUCUGAAGAUAAUCAGAGGAUUUCAUGAAUCUCAAGAAAGAGUGAAUGAUGACACCAUCAGAUCCCUCCUGGUGAUCCCCUCUGUCCAUGCAGCUGAUCAUGGUGUCUACACUUGCACCGCUGUCAACUUCAUUGGAAACUCCUCUGUCAGCAUCUUUCUAGAGGUGCGCUCUGCAGGAAGCUCCCAGUCUUCACUCCUCCCAGCUGUACCGCGGGCUGGUGAUGAAAAUGUCUACAUCGACAUCCACAUCGCCAAGCAAACAAUACGGGGUAUCUCCAUUGAGUGGUUCGCUGCCCUAGAACGCCCCACUGAAACCUGGUUCACGAUCCACUUUGGUCGUGCAGAUGCUGAUAAAAAAGAAAUAAUCUACAUUGGACCUGGGAUUAAUUCUUACUCCAUCUCUGACCUGAUGCCUGCAACUAAAUAUGAAAUCUGUGUAACCCUCAAGAAUCACGCACCACGCCCAGAACAGUGCAUCAUCUUUGUAACAGGAAGUGACAUCACUGAGAUGGAGCAGAGGGAGAAGCUGAUACAUAUAAUAGUGAUAGUUUUAGCCAUGGUGCUGGCAGUGCCUGUAGGCAUGUAUGCAUGCACCACUGACACCAGGUUGGCCUGUUUGGAUGGUAUAAUGGAGAGCUGGAAGAACCGAAGGAGAGACAGAGGCUCAGCAGGAGGCAUGGAAAGGGAGAGGCAGGGUACCUUCGACAGUCUGCAGGCCGCCAGUGAUGAGGGCCUGGUUAAUAAAGGUUCCAGUGAAGACAGGAAGGCCGAGGAGGUUGUUGCAAAGAUGUGAAUGAUGGCCGUUAUGUCAAGGAUUUGCACCAGGGUAGAGGCUGUGCUGAAGUUGAUUUUUUUUCAGACUGAAGUAUAAUACAUCUCUCUUGUUAUUACAAUGCAGCAUUUUUAACUAUCAGUAAUAAUUCAUUUUAUAAGUAUUUGUACUUAAAAAAAACAGAAAAGAAAAAGCCUUUGCCAUUGAUUUCAAUCAGAAUGAUAUCAAAUGACUUUCUAAAGAAGACUUUUUUCCAGCUUCUCCAAUGAUGGAUAUUAGCUUCUUUAUCAACUAUUAUGUGUUAGCACUUAAGCAUUAUUCUAUGGAUUUACAUGUGUGUUAAUUUUACCUCAUUUUCUUCUUGUCAUGUCAAAAGUGUAAGUUAGGAUGGAUUUUUAAUUAGAAAAACAGAUGGUUAUUAUAUGAAAAAACCUCGCACCUUGUAAAUAGAAAAUGUUCUAGUUACAUUUUUUGUGUGGUAGUGCAUAUAAACCUCAACAUGUUUCAUGUGUGCAGACUAAAGUGGUUGUUUUACUACAUUUUCUAUAAAUUCUACAAGGUUUUACAUCAAGCAAGCACAUAUGCAGAAUUAGUGUCAGUUACUAUAGAUUCGUACAAAUACCCAUAUAAAAAUAUAUAUUUUGCUUUAAAACA